AUUGCGACAACUUCGACCUGACCUGCAGGACGGCGCAAGCCGGUUCCACAAUUUGCUCACAUUCACCCCUUGUUCGUUUUGGACAACGAACCCAGGAUUUCUAAGUCAAUGAACGACACCUCAGUGAAGACUGAGCCGUCCGAUGAUUCCUCACCACUUCACGCUGGCCAACCACAACAACAACAGCUGACUGAAUUCCAAUCAUUACAAAAACGUCUGCGCGAAGAACCAAACGAUACCGAAUCAUGGAGAAGACUCGUAGCGUGUGCAGAAGACAGUGGCGAGACCGAGAAGAUCAGAGCUGCAUAUGAUGCAUUGCUGCAACAAUAUCCCAACACCUCAUCCGCACAAAUUGCCUAUAUCAACCAUUUUCUGAACAACCCGAGUACGUUCAACGAAGCAGAAGAACUAUUCAAGAGAUUUCUCAAGAGCUCACCGUCUGUCGCUUUGUGCCGGUUCUAUGUGACUUAUGUUCGACGGAUCAACACUGACCCAUCGACGCGUGAUACAAUACGGAAAUCUUACGAAUUCGCUCUGAGUUUGAUUGGUUAUGACAAGGACAGUGGAGACAUCUGGUACGAUUACUUGACGUUGUUGAAGUCAGGCCAGACCAACUCGCCAUGGGAGAAACAACAAAAAGACGAUGCGAUAAGAAAAGUCCUUCACCGUGCGGUACAGAUACCCUUGGACAACGUCGAGAAACUCUGGGGCGAACUUGAAUCGUUCGAAAACGGCCUGAAUCGUAUAACAGCGAAGAAAUUCAUGACAGACCUCUCUCCUGCGUAUAUUCAAGCUAAAUCCGUCUUGCGUGAACUCAUCAAGCAGACGACACCGCUUUAUCCUCCGGCUAUUCCGACACAAGGAGUACCGGAUAUGUUUUUACCUACUUUACCUUCGUUUUCGGCUUCUGAAAGGCAGAAUGUAGGGAAGUGGAAGGCGUACUUGAAGUGGGAAGAGGGCAAUCCGUUGGAGUUGGAGGAGAAGGAUAAAUCGAUACUAAUAUCGAGGAUUCAAUCAGCCUACCGGAAAGCGAUGAUCAGAAUGAGAUUUUUCCCCGAGAUUUGGUUUAUGGCAUUUAACUGGAUGGCAAGUAUUGGAAAGAACGAAGAGAGUCUCGCGGUGCUCAGAUCGGGAUUAGAAGCGAACCCGUCUAGUUUCUUGCUCACGUUUUCACUUGUUGAAGCACUGGAAACCAAGAAAGACUUCCCAGAAGUCCACAAGAUCUAUCAAAGCUUCCUAACAACACUUCGCGCUGAACUAACCGCCCUUGACGAAGCUGAGAAGGCUCGAAUAGCAGCUGACGCCACUGCCAAUAACAAGGAAGAAGGCGACGCUGAAAAUGGUUCUUUUGAUCAGACGCAGUCGACUCAAGCUUCCGCAAGCCAGUCUUCUGAAUCUGCUUCCUAUUCAACAUCUGAAGAAUACAUCGAACGUCGGAAAGAAUAUGGUUUGGUCUAUAUCAUGUUCAUGCGAUUUGUACGUCGUGCCGAGGGAGUCAACGCCUCUCGAAGUAUCUUCGCUCAAGCACGCAAAGACCCCCUUACCCCUUGGAACGUUUACGAAGCUGCAGCGCUAUUAGAAUACCAUUGUAGUGGAGAAAAAGAAGUCGCCGUGAGGAUAUUCGAGAGGGGUAUGACGCUUUUUGGGAAGGAUAACGAUUAUGUGCUUAGGUAUCUUGGAUUUUUGAUCACGGUGAAUGAUCAAAAUAACGCACGAGCCUUGUUCGAGCGCGUAAUUAGCACGUUCCAGCCUAAAGAUGCGAGGCCUCUAUGGGAACGUUGGGCUCGAUACGAAUAUCAGUACGGCGACCUGGAGGCCGUACAGAAACUGGAGAAACGUUUCGCAGAUACGUAUCCUAAUGAAUCCCCGAUCAAACUCUUUGCUCAACGCUACAUGUACCUCAACACCGAUGCCAUCGCUUCUCGGGACCUUGGUUUUGCCCGAGCAAAGAAGGAGAUCACACCUAAUAGUACCAUUGAGAGCAUGAACGGAGUUAGCGGGUCGUCACAAAGUGCAUCGUUGAAACGUCGGAACAUCGAAGAAGCUUCAAGUAGUGGAGGAGCUGGAGGAGGAGGAGGAGGAGGAGGCGGUGGUGGUGGUGGUGGCAGUGGAGGUGGGAGGAGGCGAGGUGAUGAUAGGGAUCAUGGUGGCAGUCAUAAGCGUCAACGAGCUUCUUCGCCUCCUCCCAGGGACGGCUCAAGAAAACGGUCUCCUGACAGACCUGGUCGAAGGGGUGGGGAUAGGGACAGAGACCGAGAGAGGGAUAGAGAUAGAGACCGGGAUGGGGACGAGGACAAGGCGGUUCAGCUUCCUGCCAAAAUACCUUGGUUUAUUACUCAGCUGCCUGACAAGAAGGCGUUUGAUGGACCGGUAUUCAGAACGGACGAUCUGAUGAAUCUCUUGCGAGGUGCUGUGAUUCCUAGUAGUACUGGUGGUGGUGGCGGUAGUGGUAGUGGUGGAAGACACAGAUCACGAUCACCCGCUUCUCGAGGUAAAAGAGGUCCACCUGACUACGGCCCUUACCAAGGACCAAAUAGUAACACCAGAGGAGCAAGACGGCAGUGGUGAUGAUAUGGAUCCGACUAUGCUCUAGUCUAGUUAUCUGCUCUUGUUUUUAGUCUUGGUAUCCUUCAUACAUUGCUGUAUUCUGGUUGGAGUAGAAUCGUGCACGCGCAUUGUAUCAUGUUCAUAUUCAUGCUCUUUACACCUGUAC